AUGUCUAAUAUUAACAAAGGUUCCAAGAGAAACCUUCCAUCAUGGAUGAGUUCAAAAGAUAACGAUGAUGAUGGAAAUUCCGGAAAGAAACCAAUUUUGGAUGGUGAUGGUGAGAAAUCCAGUGAAAUUGAGAGUUCCAAGAAGAAGACCAAAGUUCAAUCUGAAAAUGCUGGGAAAUCUUCGGCUUCUUGUUCGGAAUCUAAAGGCUUUGACAAGCUUAUGGAAGGUGUAGUUUUUGUGCUGUCAGGCUUUGUGAAUCCCGAGCGUGGGGUUUUGAGGUCGCGGGCUAUGGAAAUGGGAGCAGAGUUUAAGCCUGACUGGAACUCUAAUUGCACUCUUUUGGUUUGUGCAUUUCAAAAUACUCCCAAGUUUCGACAAGUUGAAGCUGAUUGUGGAACUAUUGUGUCUAAGGAUUGGAUACUAGAGUGUUACAACCAGAGGAAACUCGUCGAAAUUGAUAGUUACCUUAUGCAUGCUGGGAAACCAUGGCGUAAAGGAAGUAAAUCACACGAAGUCAACGAAGAACAUAAACCAUCUGUACCGCACAAACCAUCAAAGCAUGUUGAUAGAGAGUCUUCAAAGGCAACUACUUCUAUAAAAUCGAAGGGAAAAGAUAUCGACGGCGCUAGGAAAUGCUUUGAGUCUUCUGAGGUAAAGAAGUGGGCUCUUGAUGAUUUGAAUAAAACAAUUCAGUGGUUGGAAAGUCAAGAAGAAAAGCCAGAUCCAAGUGAGAUAACAAAAAUAGCUGCAGAAGGGAUUCUGACUUGCUUGCAAGAUGCAAUAUGUUCUCUCGAGGAAAAACAGGACAUUGGGAGAGGAACUGAGGACUGGAAAUUCUUACCUCGAGUUGUUGAGGAGCUUGCAAAAUUGGAUGCUGUGGGAAACAAUACUUCAAUGUCAAAGGAAGAUAUCCACAAACAAGCACUGGAAUGUAAACGUAUUUACGAGGAGGAACUAAAUAGGUUAGAUCAUGAAUCAACAAAGAAAUCAAAGAUAAAUGAACAACAGAGGAGCAAAAAGGGAAAAACAACUGCUGCAUCUUCUAGUGCAGCUGACUAUGAUAGUGAUGAUACAAUCGAGAUGACAGAACAAGAAAUAGACCUUGCAUAUAAGACUUUAUCCUCUAACAUGUGUCACAUGUGA